AUGGGUGUAGAACUCCUUCUCAUGGAUCAGAAGUCAUCUGUCAUUCAUGCAUUCAUUCCGGCUAACCGACUAAGCAUAUAUGAAGCAGCCUUGAAGGCUGGAGCUGUUUACGUAAUCCAAAAGUUCUUGGUCCUUGACAAUAAGAAAUCCUACAGAGUCACUUCUCACAAAUUUCUAAUCCAGUUCACAAUGAAAACAACAAUGGUUGAGGCUGAUUAA